AUGCUUAACAUUAACGUGGGAGUGCUGGGACACGUCGACUCAGGAAAAACGAGUCUAGCGAAAGUCUUAAGCACUAUUGCUAGUACUAGCGCGUUUGAUAAAAAUCCCCAAAGUAAAAAACGAGGUAUCACGCUUGAUCUCGGAUUUUCUUCUUUUACCGUGGAUUCUGCGGGCUACCCUUUCACACCUUUAAUACGCGAAAACUUCGAAAAAGUUCAGUUUACUCUUGUUGACUGUCCCGGGCAUGGAUCACUUAUAAAAACGGUUUUGUGUGGAUCCCAAAUAAUCGAUAUCGUUGUUCUCGUUAUCGAUGUUACUAAGGGAUUUCAAACCCAAACUGCCGAGUGUCUGGUGAUUGGUGAGAUAGCUUGUGAGAAAAUGUUAGUAGUUCUCAAUAAAUGUGACUUGUUACAUGAAAAUCAAAGAGAAGAAUCGAUUCAGAAGAUGAAAAAGCGUAUCCUAAAAACGUUGGAGAACACAAUUUUUAAACAGUCAGAAAUUGCCGAAAUUUCAGCUGCUCCUGGUGGUGUUCAGGUAGAAUUUACAUCUGAACAACGUGUAAACAAUUCACAAGAAGUUGAAAAUUUAAUCACUUUAUUGGCACGAUCAAUACAUGAUCCAACUGAGAAGCGUAAUAAAUUGAAAGAUAUGGGUUUUGUCUUUGCUGUGGAUCAUUGUUUUACAAUUACUGGACAAGGUACCAUUCUUACUGGAACUGUGCUAUCUGGGACUACAAGUGUUGGACAAACAAUUGGUUUACCUUAUCAAAGAAUUCAAAAGAAGAUUAAAUCUAUUCAAAGAUUUCGUCAACCUAUUCAGUCAAUUGGACCAGGUGAUCGUGCUGGUAUAUGUGUACCACAAUUAGAUUCUAAUUUAUUAGAACGUGGUCUUGUUGGUGAUAUUACUUCAACCGAUAAUUUAAUACCAUGUUAUGCAUGUAUAUUAUCAAAUGUUAAAAAAGUAUCCUAUUAUAAAUUAUCUAUUAAAAGUCAAUCACGUUUACAUAUAUUUAUUGGACAAGAAACAGUAUUAAGUAGUUUAACAUUUUUUACUAAAAUAAAAUUGGAUAAUCAUGAUUUGAAUGAUUUGGGAACUCCUUGUGAAUUUGAUCAAACAAUAAUGUAUCAAUAUAUUGAUGAAAUUUCUAAUGAUAUAGAUGAUAAUCUUUAUGUAUUAUUGGAAUUUGAACAUCCAGUUAUUUGUCCAAUGAAUGGUUUAGCUAUUGGAGCUAAAUUAGAUACCUAUUCAAUAACAAGUUGUCGUAUAGCUUUAUAUGGUCAUGUUAUAAUACAAUUAAAUGAUAUAAAUUAUAAAACAAAUUAUUUAAGUAAAUUACUUGUAUGUAAAUCAAAAACUCGCUGUGGUCAAUUAGAACGAGUUGUUAAUCCACGAAUGUGUAUUGUUAAUGGUUUAUUUAAACGUGAAACUAAUUGGGAUAUAUUUAUUGGUUUACGAGCUUAUUUAAUUAUUAAAUCAAAUGAAGAUUCUUCUUCUAAUGAUAAUCAUAUUCAACGUAUAUAUGGUUAUAUUGAAUCUAGUUUUGGUCAAAGUGGUAAAUGUCGUUUAGCUUUAGAAAAUGACCUACCUGAUGAGAUAUUAGCACAGUAUUCUUCAAAAGCUGGUAGAAAACAAAUAUCACAACCAGAUAUUGAAGUGAUACUUGAAUUCAAAAAGAAUAUAUUUGAUCCACAACGUCGUGUUAUCCAAUAG